AUGGACACGAGUAGUUUGGAGGACGAUUCAAUUACGCCUGGUUGGGUCAGAGAAAUUGGUGCUAAUAUGUCUCCCAGACUCGUUCUAUCCCGAGAAAUGUCGAAUCCGUUUCAAAAUGUCAAAUUGCCGAUGACAUCGAGGAUAUUGAAGUACUCGUUGUUUUUCUCAAAUCUGCUUAUUUAUAUUCUCGGGAUUGUUCUCAUGAGCACAGGUUUUACGGUUUCUGCUGAAUAUGCUUCGGCGAAUGGCCUGGCCGAGCUUUUCCAGGACAAUUAUACAGCACUGCCAGAAUCAACUACGAUGACACUAAUUUAUGGAAUUUUACUUUUCCUCACGAUGGUCUCGUUGCUGUUGGCUGGCAUUUUCGGCUACUUAUACAGGGAUGCCGUUGAUCACUAUGUUGAAGGUCAGCUCACUACUUCGCUCAAACACUGGUGUCAUUCCAAUCCAGAGCCAUGGGACUCGAUUCAGAAAUACUACAAAUGCUGCGGCAUCACAAGUCCAAAAGACUGGUCCGAAAAGGCAAAAGACUUCGAAUACUGGGCUUACGGUUAUGCACACUUGAACAAUCUGACAUCUACAGAGACAAAGUUUUCUGAAACUCCAGUUCCAAGCUCCUGCUGUGCGGAAAUUUCCGACGGAUGCGGCCUCCUUGAGGGCGGAAACAUUCAUGAAGAAGGAUGCCUAAACAAACUUGAGCAAAACAUCGCUGAUAAUUUAUCAGCAGUUGCAGGCGCUGCCGUCGGUAUUAGUAUCUUCACCUUGAUAGGCAUCUUUGUGGCGUUCUUCCUUUUCCGAAAAUACCGAGAGCGAAACUACAGCAAUAUGGACUAG